AUGCGCCUAAGCCAACGCACCAAUAGAAGAAAGCAAAGUAAAGUAAAUAGAGGAAGGAGUAGAUAUUCCAGAAUGGCAGAUAAAAAAGAAGAAGUUCUACGCAACGAGAUAGUGCACAACACGCUAUCUAAGCUGCAAAUAACAGAUGCACCAAACAGCAAUCAGAUAAUAUAUGUGGUGAAGCGAGCUAAUCUAUCAAGCACAGUUGUGCUCGCAGCAGUCUCUCUUCUUUUCACUGCCAGAGAGAGACUGGGCGCAUAUGUGCAGCAAGCCCAGCGCAACCCAAAGGCAUGCAAAGACAAAGGCGCAUCUUUGGAGGUUGCCUCACUGCUUUAUAACAGCACAUAUAUUCUCUUUUCGGUGUGCUUGGUGGUCACUUCUAAAUAUCUCAUAGACAGAUCGUACAUUAACAGAACAUGGGCCAACAUACUGAUGAUAAACAAGCGCGCACUAAACGAAUACGAAAUGUGUCUUCUUGAGGUGCUUGACUACAGGAUCAAUGUGUCAAUGGUUAGCAUGAACAGCAUAAUAGAAAAAAUAGAAGAAACAGACCAGGGAAAAAAGGAAAAAAGAGAGAACAAGUUCUUUAGAAACAUUAAAAGAAUCAUGUCGUGUCUUUUCAAGAAUAUCAGAUAA